AACGGGGCAGAGCGGAGUGCAGGCGCGAUGCGAGCGGUCGGGAGUGAGCUGCUGGGUCCUGAACAUCUCUGCGCUUUCGCCUUUUUGCAGAGGAAUUAAGGGAUCGAGAGCCCGGUGCAGCAGAGAAAGUGGAGCCAUUCAGACUUUCGGAAUAUCUGGGAGGAGACCUUUCGGGAGAAAGGUCGGAGAAGUUGUACUCCAUAUAAAGAGCAGGCGCGCUAUGGCGGGUUGCAGUUGCGCCGUAAUGCAUCAUUGUAAAGUUAUUCGGAUACUUUCUCCGUUGCUUCCCUUUCUCCUUAUCGGACUAUUGGGAGUAAACGGGCAGUACGGAGAGCGAGGGAUGUCCGUCCCGGAACACGGCUUCUGCCAGCCGAUUUCCAUCCCCCUUUGUACGGAUAUAGCCUACAAUGAGACCAUCAUGCCGAAUUUGCUGGGGCACACGAACCAGGAAGACGCGGGGCUGGAGGUGCACCAGUUCUACCCGCUGGUGAAAGUUCAGUGUUCGCCCGAUCUCAAGUUCUUUCUGUGCUCAAUGUACGCCCCGGUGUGCACCGUGCUGGAGCAGGCUCUCCCUCCGUGCAGGUCGCUCUGCGAGAGGGCUCGGCAGGGCUGCGAGGCUCUCAUGAACAAAUUCGGCUUCCAGUGGCCAGACAGCCUGGCUUGUGAGUCCUUCCCCGUGCACGGAGCCGGCGAGUUGUGCGUGGGUCAGAACAUGUCUGAUAAACCCACGCCAAUCAACCCAACACCUGACGUGACAGAACCGCCCGGAGAUGACGGUGGUCCCAAAGGGCGCUUCAGGUGUCCCAAAGCUUUAAAAGUGCCUCCUUAUCUAAAUUACCGUUUCUUGGGGGAAGAAGACUGUGGGGCUCCAUGUGAGUCUACAGACUCCAGUGAGGUCAUGUACUUCAACCAGGAUGAGUUGAAAUUCGCUCGUAUUUGGAUUGGCAUCUGGUCCGUGCUGUGCUGUGCCUCGACCUUGUUCACAGUUUUGACCUACCUAGUGGACAUGAAGAGGUUCAGUUACCCGGAGCGUCCCAUCAUCUUCCUCUCUGGCUGUUACACGAUGGUAUCUGUUGCGUACAUUGCUGGCUUUCUGCUUGAGGACAAGGUGGUCUGCAACGAGAAGUUUGACAGCAACGUCCGCACGGUGGUCCAGGGCACCAAGAAAGAGGGCUGCACCAUUUUGUUCAUGAUGCUGUACUUCUUCAGUAUGGCCAGCUCGAUCUGGUGGGUCAUCCUGGCCCUAACGUGGUUUUUAUCAGCAGGGAUGAAGUGGGGCCACGAAGCUAUAGAGGCGAACUCCCAGUAUUUCCACCUGGCCGCUUGGGCAGUGCCGGCCAUCAAGACCAUCACCAUUCUGGCUGUGGGGCAGGUCGACGGCGACGUCCUUAGCGGCGUCUGCUUCGUGGGCCUGCACAGCGUAGACGCCCUGCGCGGCUUCGUGCUGGCGCCCCUCUUCGUCUACCUGUUCAUCGGCACCUCCUUCCUGCUGGCCGGCUUCGUGUCGCUCUUCCGCAUCAGGACCAUCAUGAAGCACGACGGCACCAAGACGGAGAAGCUGGAGAAGCUGAUGGUGCGCAUCGGCAUCUUCAGCGUGCUCUACACUGUGCCGGCCACCAUCGUCAUCGCCUGCUACUUCUACGAGCAGGCCUUCCGCGAGCAGUGGGAGCGCACCUGGGUCAGCCAGACGUGUAAAACGUUUGCCAUCCCCUGCCCGCAGCAUCCGCCCCCCAAGAUGAGCCCCGACUUCACCGUCUUCAUGAUUAAAUACCUCAUGACCCUGAUCGUUGGCAUCACUUCGGGGUUCUGGAUUUGGUCGGGCAAGACGUUGAACUCGUGGCGGAAGUUUUACACGAGACUGGCCAGCAGUAAACACGGCGAGACGACCGUCUGACGGCGCCGCCCUGCUGGUACCUGACCCCCUAUGGACCAAUUGAUGGCCAUUUGUGCGGCAAAGUGAUGGACACUUUCAUAAGGUUUCUUGUAAAUAAGCAUUUGAGAUUUUUGUAAGUAUAUAUUUGUAUUUAAAAAAAGACACAUUCACUACUUUUAAUUCUACUUGUAUUUUGGACAAAAUAGAAAAGGUACGGUUUUCUUUAAAGUGUAAACUCUCCUUGAAAAUAAUGUCAUACGUCUGAGUUUUACUUGGUUUGUGCACAGCUGAGGUCCCCCCCCCCCCCAACCCUUUGUAUAGUUUACAAUCAAAAUUAGGCAUCGAGGGGGCCUGGAGAGAGCUUUUGUUUGUACAUAACUGGCUGUAUUUGGUCCAAAUGCCUUUUAUCACAGUGGGUCCGUUAGCAUCCUCUUCGUAAUGAGGCAGCCCUUGGUGCUUUGACUGACUGUUUAGGGUUGGCGGUGCCUCCGGUUUUUGUUUGUGAUUCGGUUCUUUCAAGGGCAUCGAGUGACUUUCUGACACAAUGAAAUUAAAAUUCUGAGCUUCGGAACGCUUUAGGCUUCAUUUUCCCUCCGGAUCUAAUGAUUCCUGCACAUUUAACGGCAGAGAAACUUGAUAUUUUUUUUCCAUUGAAAGUUGGGAUGAUUGUAGGAAUCAUGGCUAAUGGGAUCUUUUUUUUUUUUUUUUUUUAAAUAACCGCUCCUGAUUCUGCGAUUGGUUUGCGAGAACAUACCGGAAGUAAAAGCACCUGUGCCAUAGGUACGCAUUGAUCUAAGAUGUAACGUUAUGUUACGGUUUCGCUGAAUAACUAUGGUUUACUUGUUGUUGAACCCCAAAAUCCACUCUCUCCAUCAUAAUGUGGCUUUAUCUUGGGAUUAUACUUUUUAAAUUUUUUUCCUCUGAAAAACAAAUAUUCCAAAUCGAAAUGCUGUAGUUGGAAAGUCGAAGUCGAGUGCCUUUGUUCCUUUUAUAACUCUGUCCUGUAAGGGCUUAAAAUAGAGCCCGGCGCUGCGUGCGAUGCACAGUGGCCGUUCAGCUGCCCUCGUCAGAGGUGCUCAAACAGCUGAAAUACCCCAGCGGCUGGCUGAAGAGGCUUUGGAGUGAAGCGGGCCCAGUCGGCAUGUGUCAAAUGCCCCCACCCUCGUUUAGUCAUCGGGUCAGGGGGGUUCGACUAAAAUAACCAAGCCAGGGCCGCUUUUUACUUCUCAGACAUCGUGCAUACUGUGGGCCCUGAAAAGACGCGGGUGCACAGGGCAAGGUGGCACGGGGCAAGGUGGCAAUGACCCAGGAGUUUCUGUCCACGUGCUGAAUCCAUAGCACAAUAAUACUACGAUAUGUGGGCAGAUUCCUUGUGCGUUUGCUCAUUUCCGGGUGUACCGUUCGGGGGUGCUGUUUUUAGGCUUUACUCUACUUGCCACAUUUAUACAUCAGUGGUGUUUUUAAAUACGUUGUCAUUUAUCGGAGUUUUUGUUUUGUUUUUUUUUUUUUUUUUUUUGGUCAAUUUUUGAUUUGGUUUUUACUUUGACCGCAGUUGAAGAGGUGGUGGUUCCUCCGUUUCGGUCGCUUCCGCUUGAAGGACCUUUAUGUUUGAAUCCUGGAGGGUGGUCUGCUGUCUCUCGUGGCCUUAUCGGGGGGGCGGGGGUGCUCCCCACGCAGUCAGCCUUACCGUUAUCCGCAGAGGUCCCACUGAUGUAAGAGCCGGCCUCUAUCGCCAGAUCUAAAUGCUAAAUUAUCAUAAUUUUCCAGUCUAACACAGUAUUACAUGUUGUUAAAAUAAAUGUUUUUGCCAUUUAUUAUGUGAAGGUUAUCGAAAAUAAGCUGUCAAGAGGCCAGCCUUGGCACCUACACCUGUCUCUGUGCACAAACACAAAGGAACAACGUAUGAAGUUGCACAUUUUCUUAAGUGACUGAUUUUAUUUCCGUAAAAGCGGGUUGAAUGCAUUGUUGUCCCCAGUUCCUUUUAUUGAAUGAAUGUUGAAGUAUUUAUCACCUGCUUUCCUUCCACUGAUGUUGUUCAUUUGUGCUUUUUUUUUGCAUGAUUCUCCAAAAAAAAAGAAAAAUCACCGUAAAGCAUUUUAAGCCUAUAUUAAACUGUACUUUUUCAGUCAUAUCUUUAA